AGCAGUUGCUGAUCGAGCCCAGCCAGAGGAAGCGGAUUCAAAAAUACGCCGCACAAUGAAAAUAAAUAGCCUGCUUUAAGUGUAGGUUUUAGCCACAGAAGACAGUUGUUGGUUAGCGUGUCUUCGGUGUAUUGUGUCGCCGUGAGAGACUAGAACCCCCUCAGCCCCCCCCCGCCCCCCCCCCCAAAGAGCGAGGAUGUUGGUCCCCGCUGGAAGAUAAUGAAGAGGCUGCGCGUUGUGUUGGUGUGCCUCGUUGUAGCUCUCCUGUGCUGGUUCCCCGGUCAGUAUGUGUGUUGUUCAGAGCAGAGCUCGUCUGGCUCUGGUCAGUCCGCGGGGGACGGAAACCCAGAAGGCCGGAAGCAGGAGCAGGAGCAGGACUCCACGCCACACGAGGUGUCGGAGGAAUGGCCGACACACGCGUCAUACGAUAUGGGACUGGAGACAGAGAGAGCGGCACUAGAGGAGCUGGCAACGCACACUGUACACCAAGAACAGACUGUGAAUCCUCGGGACGCGGAGGAGACCGAGCCCGAGACUGUACCCGGUGCCCCUGAGCCAGAUCCACGCCCAGACCCCCAGGCUGACGCGGACCGGCAGCCUGCAGACGCGCAGGACCACGACCAGGACGUCCCCGAGUCCUCCACUCCAGAAGCACUUCCAGCACGGGACGCCCCGGCAGAGACGGUUAGCGACGCCCCGGCUGCACAACCCGGCCCGGACUCGAACUCGGCCACGCCCCCAGAUGAUGAAGACGACGACGACGACGAAACACCUACCUCACACAGCGCCGGCCAGACCCACACAGGUGCGGCGCGGGUUGCCAGUGCAGGAGAUGAACUCCCAGUAGGCAACUUUAUCUUUGCCGAGCACUCUGUUGCACAGUGCGGGGUCGUUCCCCCCAAACUGGCAACCUGUGAAAACUCCCCUUUUGGCAGGCCUCUCUUCAGUGUGGACGAGGCUGGCAUAGAGGACCAGCGGUCGGACCAGAGCCAGAGUUCUGGUCCUGAAGCAGAGGUCCAGUCUACUGCAGGCCACGUGGACCAGGAACAACAACAACAACAACAACAACAGCAGCAGCAGCAGCGACGGCAAGAGCUGGAGGAUGGGCUGUCAGAUUUGGACCAGGAGGGCAACACUUCUCAACACCACCAAGAACAGCAGGCGGGGCUGGGCAGUACCGCCAGUGAGCCCGAUCCCUCAGUGCCGGGCAAAGAAGACAUCCCCACCUUCGACGAGUGGAAGAAACAAGUCAUGGAGGUGGAGAAGAGUCAGUCCCUACACACCUCGACCGGCGGCAGCCCCCACCCGGUGAAGAAGGUCCAGAUGAACUUCAAGAACAACUACGCCUCCGUGGAGUGCGGCGCCAAGAUCCUCUCGGCCAACAACGGGGCCACGAGCACUUCAGCUAUUCUCAUGGAGAAUAUGGACAUUUACAUGCUAAAUCCUUGCAGCAACAAAAUCUGGUUUGUGAUCGAGCUCUGUGAGCCGAUCCAAGUCAAGCAGCUGGACAUCGGCAACUUUGAGCUCUUCUCAUCGACGCCUAAAGACUUCUUGGUUUCCAUCAGUGACCGGUACCCCACCAACAAGUGGGUCAAGCUCGGUACUUUUCACGCCCGGGACGAGCGGAUCGUCCAGAGCUACCCGCUGGAUGAGCAGCUUUACGCUAUAUACGUGAAGAUGUUCAUCAAGUACAUAAAGGUUGAACUCCUCUCCCACUUUGGAUCAGAGCACUUCUGUCCACUCAGUCUCAUCAGGGUGUUUGGUACCAGCAUGGUGGAGGAGUAUGAGGAGAUAGCCGAUUCCCAGUACCCUUCGGAGAGACUGGAGUACCUGGAUGAAGACUAUGAUUAUCCACCUGGCUACCAACCGUCGGAGGACAAGUCCUCCAAGAACCUGCUUGGCUCAGCGACCAAUGCCAUCUUCAACAUGGUAAACAACAUUGCUGCUAAUGUGCUGGGCGGCAAGUCGGAGCUGGAGGGCGGCGCAGAAGCAGGAGGUAAUACAACUGCAGAGGGGGAUGAGAAGGAGAGCACAGACGAUACGGCUGAAACGCCGCCGGACUCCGCAGCACUGGAGGCCGCGGAGCCAGAACUUCCCGCGACCCACGAGGAGGAGGUGGCGGUCUCCGGUGACUCUGCCACACCUCCCCCCUCGUCCCCCGACUCCCUGGAGGACCGAAAGAUCGUCACGCUGGUGGAGGAGGAGGACGAAGAGCCCCGGCAGUCCACCGUCACCCUGAUGGAGGAGGAGGCUGAGGAGGAGGAGGAGGAGGAGGAGGAGAAGAAGAGGAGGGAGGAGUCGACGCGGCGGGAGGCGGACAGGAACCAGUGGGAGAGCCAGAUUUACUGUCCUUUCUCCUCCUUCUCCCUGUCCUUCUCCUGCAUGGCCACCCUGCCCGAGCUGCUCCACCGCUGGUGCUCCGCCAGGCUGGCCAAGGAGCGCCUCCGGCGGAGGCAAGGGAGCACUCGGACACAGACGCACCCCGAUGACGCCGCCGCCGCCGCCGCCCCUUCCCUCGCGUUCACGACGAUGGCGCCGCCGCCGCCGAUCCCGGACCCUGUUCCCGCACCUCUCAAGGAGGCGCUCCCCGUCGCGGAAAAGGCUCUGGAGCCAGAGGCGCCGGUUCAGGGCGAGGGGAAAACCUCGGGCGAGGCGCACGCCGCGCGUCCGAACGCUCCCCCGCCCGCCGACGCGCACUCGCCAGAGCUCAACAUCGUGCUGGAGCCGAGCAGGACGGCCACACUCCCCCCUCACAGUUUCUCAGACACCCACAGCUCCCUGGCGUCGCCCACUCCCACCCACGAGGAGAAGCCGCUCCCUCCCGUUAAAGACGCGGCCGUCGACCCCGCCCCCACCCCCACCUCGGCCGUCGCCGUCCCGGAGACGCAGCAGGCCGGCGGCGCCUCGCCGGCUCCUCCCGGCGGCUCUCACACGCUCGCUGUGGCCUCUGAGACGGCCUCUCCCGGUGUCGUGGUGCCCCCCGUCAAGGAGCAGCCCCCCGUUCAGUCUCUCCCCACUGCAUCGAGGCCCGAGGACCUCAUCCCCCCUCCCACUGAACUGCCCGCCGCUCUCCCGCCGACCGACGCUCACGCAGACGCGGCGAGGUCGGGCGCAGACGGCGGGGACUCGCAGAGACACGGCGUCCAGGCCUCUCAGGAGCAGGGGGACUCCCUCGCCCCCGCCGGAGAGCCCCACCGGGUGGAGGACGCGGCGGACGAGGACCUGUUGGGCACCAACGGCAACGUCCACCGGAUCGCCACAGACUUCUACGCGGAGCUGCAGAACGGAGGGGAUUACAGCGGCGGGGCGAUGGCCGGGAACGGGGCGUCGCUGAACGGGGGCGCGGUGCACGGAUCCAGCCAGAGGGAGAGCGUCUUCAUGAGGCUGAACAACAGGAUCAAAGCCCUGGAGAUGAACAUGAGUCUGUCUGGCAGAUACCUGGAGGAGCUCAGCCAGAGGUACCGUAAACAGAUGGAGGAGAUGCAGCGAGCGUUCAACCAGACCAUCAUCAAACUGCAGAACACCUCCCGCAUCGCCGAGGAGCAGGACCAGAAGCAGACCGAGGCCAUCCAGGUCCUGCAGAGCCAGGUGGAGAACGUCAAGAGGCUGAUGCUCAAUCUCACCGACACGGUCGGUCAGCUGCAGAGAGAGGUAUCCGACCGUCAGAGCUACCUGGUGGUCUCCCUGGUCCUGUGUCUGUCUCUGGGCCUCCUGCUGUGUCUGCAGUGCUGCCGCGGCUCCUCGUGCCCCGCCCCCAAAACCAUCGCUGCUCCCCUCCCCAAGAGCAACCACUACCCCAGCCCCAAGAGAUGCUUCUCUUCCUACGACGAUAUGAGCCUAAAGCGCAGGGUGACCUGUCCGCUGGUUCGCUCCAAGUCGUUCCACUUGUCCUCGACGGAAGUAGGUCCCGAUGACUUGUACAUUGUAGAACCUCUAAGGUUUUCUCCAGAGAAAAAGAAAAAGCGCUACAAGUCAAAGUCGUUGGACAAAGUUGAGGUUCUGAAGCCGGCCGAUCCCUCGGCGCCGCUCUCCAACGGGGUCCUGAACUGCAACGGCUUCCAGCCGUGCCUCCCGGCGCCGCCUCCCCCUCCCCGCCUGCCUCCCCCUCCCCGCCUGCCUCCACCUCCACCUCCGCCCCCUCCUUCUCUCCCGCCGCCUCCCCCCUCCUCUUUGGAAGUGGUGGCGUCACCGCCCACCUGCACCUCCAAGGAGUUCCCCUCCUCGGAGACCAGCAGCUGCAGCUCGUCCACCCACUCCGAGGAGUCCUACGCGAGCCGCCUCCCGCCCCCCUCCCCCGGCCUCCCCUCCUCCGGCCUGUGCAACGGCCACCGCCUGCCUUUCUCCCUCCAGCAGCCGCCCGCCAGGUCGCGCCAGGUGAAGCGGCGGAAGUCGCGGCAGACGGAGCUGCGGUUCCCCGCCAUGCCGGGAGGGGGCGUGGCCUCUCUGCCCAGCCUGCAGCAGCUCAUGAAGGGGAACAAGGAGAUCGGCGUCGGGACCAUCGGGGCGACGGCGGUCACCGGACACGUCUGAGCACUCUCACUUUGACACGACUUUCUAGUUCACACACACACACACACACACCGUGAAGGUAGCAGACGUGUGCAGAGGUGAGAGCUAACUGCGACCCAAAGAACUACAUUUCCCAUGAGCACCCCCACCCCCCCCCCCCCCCCCACAGGCACACCGUGGAACUGCAGCGGCUGCAGCUCGACUGUCAUCCGGUCCUCAUCCUUCGCCCGUCUAAGAGCUGUUUACGGUUACGUGCCUUUAUAUCUGUUCUCAACCUUUUUUUAAAAAAAGAAAUAUGAAAUCUACGGACGCAGAGAGACACUGUGGCGGAAACAUUAAUACAAGUCCAGUGAAGCGUGGUCAACGUGUGUGUUUUUUUCUUUCUUCUUUUUCCACUACUGGAUAAGCACAUUGUCCCGUGACAGUUGAGUACCAGUUUGUUUUUAAUCCCCACUCACGUUCCCACACCCAGAGGGUGUCAAGAAGUAUUAGGCUGCUCCUGUGGAUGAAAUGUGACCUCUGGAGUGACCUCUGGAGCACGACAAACUUAACUGUCAUCCUUAUUUCCUCCUUUCUUUCAUUGCCAUUGUUUAUUUUCUUCCUUCUUUCUUCGUAUUGCAUCCUAACACGACUGCAGGUGUUUGUUAUGGGACCAGAGCGUUCAUCUCUCUUCCUCUUUUUCUCUCUCUCUCUCUCUCUCUGUCUCUUCCAAACCAACCACCAGAGCUGAAUGAAGAACAGGAAUAGAUUUUUUUUUUUUUUUUUUUUUUUAAACCCCUCUCGUCACAGAGACCAUCGCAGCAGUUUUUAGGAUCUUUUCCUCGUCUCCCGAUGAAACUGCCCUCACUCACGUUUAGUUUUGGGCUGGGCCCGAACCGAGAAAAUGCACUUGUUACAGGCGGACAUUGUGACUGCGAGGGGGAAAGGUUAAUAAGGCUUUGAACUCAUAUCUUCUUUUUAUUUUAGUUCCCUUAUUAUUAUUAUUAUAUAUUUUUUUUGUUUUGUAUUUUCUCUCAUCCGCAGCGUCGUGGAGGCCGUGCGCUUCCUGUUCGGGCGUGCAAUGCAUUGUGGGAGCACGUUGGGUCACAGAGCUGAAUGUUUACACUUCUCUCACACACACACUGACAUACAGACACACACACACACACACACAACACACACACACACACCACACGGUCUGACGGACCAGUUUUAUUUAUUUAUUUAUUUAUUUAAACAACCACACUUUGUUUCUGACCCAACUCGCUUGCCGGUGCCAGAGUUCCUCCGCGUGAGACGUUCCCAUGGAAACGUCACAUCGAAGCGCACUCGACCGCACUGACACUUUGGUUCUCCUUGUUUAUUUCUUUACUUUUUUUUUUUUUUUUAGCUUUGUGCUCUGACAUCAU